UCUUUCCCAUUGCGUUCCUCCUACACACACUCUUCAGCUCGUCUCUCUCCCUAGAUCAUCAUCAUCAUCAUCACAAAGAUCAGUUCGCAGUUCGCACUAGCUAGGCAGACGCACCAUAUGUCCUGCUUCGCCAUGCGCAGCUCGUCGUCGUCCAGGGUCAGGGGCGGCAGGCAGCAGCCGUGGCGGUGGUUGCGCAGGUGCGCCGGCCUCGCCGCCGCCGCGCACGCCAGGCUCCGCCGCACCGUCGUACGCGUCCGGUGGUCAGGCCCUGGUCGGCUUGGCGGCCACCGUCACCAUCGCUCACCGGCCCCGCCCCUGCCGUCCGUGCAGCGCGGACACCACCGGAGCUUCGCGCCGGUCUACGUCGACGAGCUCUACAGCCAGCCCAAGGGCCUCAGCGUCGUGCGCGAGGAGGUGCCCCAGGUCAGCACCAGCAAGCUCGCACGUGACACCGACCGUACCGCCGGCGUCGUCAGCAAGGCACCCGUGCAUGGCGCCGGCGCCGCGGCCGCUACCACUACUGGUGGUGGCAGCAAGGCGCGUGCUGGGGGUAGGAGCGCCGGCGUGAGGGGUUUGUUGCUGAGCCCGGGCAGGGGAGGUUGUGGGAUGGGGGAGGUGGAUGUGAGGGCGGAGAUGUUCAUCAGGAAGUUCAGGGAGGAGAUGAGGCUUCAGAGCCAGAGGUCGGCCGAGGAAUUCCAGGCCAUGCUUGCAAGAGGCCUAUGACAUCCAUGAUCCAUCCAUCAGAAAAAUAAUUGAUCUUCUCAUGGAUGUAGUUAAUUUACCAUGAGAGGAUGCCUAGAUUAGCUUUAGUUUGGUUUGGUUUGCGGUUUGUAAAAGAGUUGAUAGGGCCCUAGAAGCAUAUUUCGUCAGUUGGCGUGGCACUCAGUUUGGAGCUUGGUUCUCGUGUUGUGUAUAUAGGAAUAUAGGAUUGUUGCAUUCGUUGAUCUUUACA